CUUGGCAUGUACUUUGUUAGGUUUCUGACGCUCAGUGACUCUGGUACAAAAUUUCUGUAUUAUUCUGCUUCCUACGCCCUAACUUUGCCAACGUGUUGCCAACAAGCUUUCGACAAGUUCUAUGACAUUAUCUCUGUUCGUCUCUGACUGACGAACUGGUCACCAUUAUGCAACACAUCACCAUUGUAUUGGUAUUGGCUGCUUGUUCAGUCCGACUCGGCUCCCUACACCACGGUUCUAUUCAACGCGUCCUUUAUAUUGCUUCACUGGACCUACCCAGACAGCUUUCAUACGUAGGUCCUUUGUGGUGUUGUCCAUUCAGUCGCGACCGGAAUGACUUCCGCGAGGGGGAUCUAACCUUUCUUGCAAUAUUUCACAACGCCAACUAGAGGAAGUACAAACUCCGAGACGGGUAGCUGCUGACAGUAACCAGUGUACCGGCGAGUUCCAUCUCAAAUUGUCGUCUGUUGAAAGGUUUCAUCAUAGCGAGAUCACCAUUAACCAAUGAAAUGUUGCAGCUCUGUCCGGACGUAUCAAAACCUCGCCGCCACGCCCUAUCGAAGGGUUGGGUGUGUCCAUCUAUCUACAACUGAAACUAG